AUGGGGGUAGGCGCCGUUGCAGUUCUACUGCUCGCCGUGCUGACAGUCUUGCGCGCCCUCCGCAAUUAUAGUCGUCUACGUGCUAUCCCUGGUCCUUCAGUCGCUGGAUGGUCGGACUUUUGGCGCAUAUGUGUUCGCAAUAAAUCUCACUAUGGCCGGCGUCUGUCGAGUCUUCACCGGAUAUAUGGCACGGUUGUGCGGUUGGGACCGCGCUUCCUCAGUGUCGCAGACGGAACGAUUAUAGGUCAUCUAGAUCAUGGGGUCGAUGGCGGGUCACCAGAACUCCAACAUAGAAAUACAAUACCCCUGAAUAGCGUCACCAUCAGCUCGGACACUCUCCAGACAACACAUCCUACCUGGGAACGCUCUCAGGGGAUACCCGAGUACGAAGGGGUAAUCGAUCCGUCCACGAAACAACUCAUCAAAGCGAUACGAAGAUACCGUGUGUUGGAUAUAACCUCGUCACUGCGCAUAUUUGCCACGACGUUUAUAAACCAGCUUACUGCUGAUGGUUUGCUGCAAGAAAGACAUAACAACUGGAAGGGAAGCGGAAGCAGAUGGCUCAGUGUAUUCUCAACAGUUGAAUACAUGCUCAUCCGAAGCCCGGUGACGGCACUGAAGAGAGAUCGCGGACGUCGGCUAGCAACCUGUGCAACCUUACCAGUCGCUGCGCCUACUGUUUCUGUCGGAGAGAAUGGUGCAGGUAGCUCAACUGGCACUUUACCUAGCCAACAACGGCAGUGCGAUGGAAGCCGGACGAGGCCGUCUCCUAAUGCUGUGCGUGGAGCCCAUGGUGCUGCGGCUACAUUCGUAUCGUUGUUCUACUUUCUAUUGAGGCACCAGGACUCUCUUGAUAGACUUCGGUUCGAGAUAGACACUUCGUUUGGCAUUGGAUCGCUGUCAGACAUACCUCGGUGGAGAGAGCUGAACAGAUUAUCCUAUCUUGACGCCGUGCUGAAAGAGACGAUGCGGCUGUCAGUGGAUUUUGAAGAGGAGAUCAAAGCAGCAGUAGAUGGUGUCACAGUGGCAGAGUUUUCGGUUCGCAAAAACACGAUCCUAACAUGGAACUCCCAUGUCCUGCAUUUCGACAAUGAGACAUUCGGGAAUGAUGUCCAUUCAUUUCGACCUGAGCGGUGGCUUAUGGCAGAUGCGCAACAGCGAAGCCGGAUGGAGCAGGGUUUGAUCUCCUUCAACCGCUGCGUGCGCGACCAUCCCGAAGCCCAGGUGGUUUGGAUGGAAUUGAAGAAAGUUGUUGUCUUGAUUCUUAUGAAGUUUAAUACGCAGCUUCUUCAUGCCGCAGAGCCUAGCAUUGACGCUGAAGACAAUUUUACUCCGCCUUCUCUUAUGGUUGGAUUUACCCCGAGAGUUCCUGGAUUUUGA